GUGCGAUGAGUGAUUGCCGACGCCGACGCCGCGAAACCCCGCAAAUCGCUGCCGCGAGCCAAGCGAGCCAUCCCGCCGGAAAGGCACGGGCAUUGCUCUGUCGCCGGAGAAACGCGGCGCUAUUGAUCUGAAGUCGGCGGACUAUGUCACCGUGCAGAUAGCAACCGCAUACUUUUCUCACGGACUCAGCAAUGGUGGACCUCCUGGGCUCUAAAGACGGUGGCGGGGGCGGGGGCGGCGGCGAGCUGCGGCAGACGCUGCGCUCGCGGCUGCUGUCGGUGCUGGAGGGCAGCAACGACCUGCUGUCCGGCCUGUCGUCGCGCCUCGAGUCGGCGCUCAGCCUCGGCUCCGACGACGCCGACAGCGACGCCGCCAGCCGCGCGCCCACCGAAUCGCCGCUCGGCGCCGGCGCCGCCCCAGACGGCGACGCCGCCCACGGUAGUACAAUACUGUCCCGCAAGCUCCGGCUGCCACAGUUCGGCCCGGGACUUCCGUUCGAAGACUACGCCGCCAUGGCUCGGAAGCGCCAGCAGCGCCAGCAGGCGGACGAGGCGAGUUGCGGCGCGGGCGGCGGAAGCGGGGGUGGCGGGGGCGGCGCUUCUAGCAGCGACAGCGAGCCCAUCUCCAGGGGCGGCGAGCUGCGCGCCACCGGACCAGACCCUUAUGAGAAGCUCAAGUACUUCACCGAGGCACCAAGCAGUGGUUCAGCAAGUGAUGGUGAUGGCUAUGGACCCAGUACGAGCAUAGAUUCUGACCAUGACGGCAAAAAGUACUGGAUCAGAUCAGGGUCUGAAGGUUCAGUACAAUCUUGGGCCUCCAGCCUAAGUUAUGAAAGUCAGUCUGAUGAAAUUUUGGCUGAAUCUGUUGAAUUCAUGCGCAAAUUUGUAGCAGACUUAUUCAGAGACAGCUCCUCCAUAUCACUAGAACAGAAAUCUAAAUUUGGACAAUUGGCACAGCAUGAAUGUGGAAGAUUGUGGUUUGCAAGGUUCGUUAAUGCACAAAGAGUGUUGAACAAAAGAGUUGACGAAUCAACCUUCUACAGUUUGGUACAAUAUUUUGCCAUUGUACUCUUUGAAUGUGCUGAUGCAGAUGAUUUUUCACCAGCUAAAUCUCUCAUGAAUAUGUGUUUCACAUUUUACUAUGAAGUUGAUGUUCCUGGGUGUGAACCAUACAAAGAAUACUUAUACACAUAUCUGAAAGACCAGCCCAUAUGGCACAGUUUGCGAUUCUGGAAUGCUGCCUUCUUUGAUGCACUACAGUGUGAGCGGGUGCACCGACCUGUUGUCACUAGAGAUGAAAUUCACCAUAAUUCACUUGAGGCAAUAACAGAUGAGAGACAGUACCAGGAAAACAUAACAUUUGGACAGUUAGGGACAUUCACUUGUAACAUGCAUGCAUUUGGAUUAAGUAAAGAACUAUGUUAUGAAUUUCUAAGGAAACAGUGCAUAAUUGCUAAUCUGCGGGAAGAUCAAGAGAAGAUGUUACGUGACAACAUUGAAAGGAUGUAUAAGGAAACAGAUCCUUGGCGAUAGCAUAACUAUCAACAUACACAAGUCAGUAAUACGUGACUGCACAAACAUAUCUGCAAGAAUUAAUGUAACUAGAUGUGUGUUAAUGGACAACAUUAUCAUCUUCAGAGGAAAGAGAUACAACCUGUCGGAAAGGCCUUACAAUGACUAGGGCUAACUUCAUUUUUGUAGAUAACAAUAAAUUUACAAGUCUGUUCGUAUGUUAGAGGUAAAGAUCAUGAUCGAUCAUCAAAAUAUCAUUAAAAAAAUAAUUUUAUUCAAGGAAAUAGUCAAAUGUAUUUAAAUAAGAUAUAUUCAAAGGAAUGUUCGCAAUAACUGAAGCAAUAUUACAAACAAUAAUAAGACUGAUUCACAAAUAAAGAAGUUUUAUUUUUCCAUUGAAGAAAGUGUUUUACAGAAAAAAACAAUAACUUCAAGCAAAAACACCACAAACUCAUUGACUUUUAAAUUUUAUUACGAAAGCAUUUCUGAAGAUCUCGCUAAUUUGCCACUUCUAUAGAAAUCAUUGUUAUAAGGUAAAACAUUUUUGUACUCUUUAUCACAAAAACAAUACAGUUACACUGAAAGAGUAAGUUAUUUACAUAUAUAUACAUUAAAAUGACAAUAUUUAAGUGCUCAUUAAAUUCAGACCAAGUAUAUGUAACUUUUAUUUUCUACGAUCUGCAUUAUCAUCAUGUUAAACAGCAGACUUUAUCAACCAGCAGAACUCAAAUUUUUGUAGUGUUUUACAACAGUAAUAAUGAUAAUAAUAAUAAUAAUAAUAAUAAUAAUAGUAAUAACAUAGUCUUCAUUAAAGUAGCUCAUUUCUCUUGCAAACAUUUAAACACAUUUACGAUCUUGUGAAUUCUCCGAGAACUUUCAUAUUUCAAGUUCAGGUUACUGUAAAGUGGAAUCACUUGCCCUUAGCUAUUUUUUGUAACAAAAAAUAGAAAGAGUAAUUUUGAUAAAAUACGAAUAAAACUGGUUUCUUCUGUGAAAUAUCGCAAAGAUAAUGUCAGUCUUUUAUGUAAACUCUCACUGCAUGUGACGUAUUUGUAAAAAUUAUAAAAUAAAGCCCAACUGAACUGUUACUCUGUCCACAAGAGGUUUAACACCUUAUUUUUAAAAAAUUGUACAAAACAGUGAAGGACGUUUAUCAGUGCAUGAAGUAACUUUAUUUUAAAAUAAUAUAGGACUUAUAGACUUUAAUACUCUUUCAGUUUUUUAAGUUAAUUGCACUAUAUUCUCAGUAUUUGUAUUUCACUAUCAAAGAUGGUGUGCUGCACAUUAUGCUGUAGCAAAAGAAUUGGGCAUAAAUUGGUAUUCGGAAACAUCACCGAUAAAAGGAAAAUAAAAUAGCUCAAGAAUAUUAACUAGUAAAGAGGCAGGUUAAUUUAACCUCUUGACUUGUAAAAUAUCAGAUUGAAGAUACCACUCUCAACUGUAGGGAAAUCAUCUGCUUCCUCUCCUAUACUUGAAGUAACGUCCUCAGUCAAUGCUAUCUUAAAUUUAUGUUAACAUCAAAUUCUUUGUCACUUAAGAUCUACUGUUGUGUCAUGUUGACAUCAUAAUCUGAUCCUUGAUGCUUUUUAAUAGCACUGAAACCCAGCCCUUUUUCUCAACAGUAACUUCAUUCACAGUCAUAUUUAUGAUGAAUGGUUUGCUGUAAUAAAAUUUCUGUACAUUUUAGGCGUUAAUACGCUGAAUAUAACUGAGAUACACUGGAUUCAACUGCACAGGAACUAUUUUUUUAAUCACAAAAUGAAAGUACCAACAAAGAUUGUUCAUACCAUUAACUUUUUGGAUUAUGUUACAGAGCUAAUUGUGGUAAGAGGAAAGUAAAAUUAGACGUAAUUUAUUAAAACUUGAUGAAACUAGAUUUAUUCUCUAUUACAUUUAUCAUGGAUCUAUAUGAGUAGACAAACUUUUUAAAAAGAAGAAAAUAAAAGGUAAAAAGGCACUAGAUUGGUAUUCCCCAUUUGCAACUGAGGGUGUCCCAAAUAUGAAUCAGACAACCUGCUUCAUGAUAGGAAAAGAGGGCGUUUGUAAACUGAAAUUAUGAUAAGGAAUGACAGUUAUGAAACUUUCGCAGCAAACAGCAUUUAAAAUUAACCAUUACUUCACUGAAAUUGCAACGAAAAUAAUAACAGCAUGAUAACUGUAUGCUAAAAAUAUAUUUAAAAAUUGAUGAGUAUUUUAUUUCACUCUGAACUUCACUAAACAGAUAUAAAAUUUGGGUGUGAAGAAAAAAUUGAAGUGAAAGAUGUUUUAGGGAGUAAUCAAACAGUGAAAUCUCAAGCAAGUGACACAGAUUGGACAUCUGUUUAUCAAAUUACUUAAACUGUUAAUUAAGUUGUUACAAAAUUAACUCUUUCCCACUGGCUCUCUCUCACAUAUUUUAUGGCACCAAGUCUAUGUGUUUGCAUUAAUACGACUUAUCCUUUCCUCACCUACUAAUUCCCACUGACACUAAUUCUGAACCCUUUUGUCUUUGUCUAGAUUCUAUUAUUUUCGCUCAACUACUUUAAAUGUGACAUUAUUAUUCACAACAGGCCAUUGCCCAAAAUUUUUGCACACACAUUGUUAAAUCAUUUUGCCAAUGUCAUUUUCUCCAUUUCUUCUUACUUAUCUCCAGCCUUAGAUUUUUGAAAGAUACAUACAGACAGUUACCCUUCUAGCAAACUAAUUUAGUUUUAGAUUUUGAUUGCAUUUACAAAGAACUCAGUGAUGUAAUUAAUAAUUUUUAUAUAAUAAAAAAUUAUUUACAAAGAACUCAGUGAUGUAAUUCAUAAUUUUUAUAUAAUAAAAAUUAUCUUGGAACAGAAGGAAAAAUGUUGUGCAAAAUGCAGUUCUUCAAUAAAUAUGUACAUCUGCCUGAUAUUUUUUUAAAUAUAAAACAGCUUUCUAACAAAUUCAAGACACCCAUGAUAAUGUCAGAUAUGAAAGCACAUCUUGCACCAUCCUUCUCUUUCAACAAUUCUGUAACGCUUAACCUUAGAUUGCAAGAUUAAAUAAACACACAUAUUUCUGUACAGACAUAUAUGUUAUAGCAAACAGAAGUGUUUGUAAGUGCAAAAAAAUUUCUGAUUCAUUAAUUGAGCAAACCAAAAAUGAAUAUACCUGACUCUCUAGGCAUCAGAUUUCUGAUCAAAUUAUAAUUGCUACAUGAAAAUACUGCAGCCUCCAUGAGAUAUUACACACAGAAGAUGAAUGAAACAUUAUUAAUAUACGAUGACACAUAAAUAUUCCCUUUUGCGUUUAAAUAUUUUGUUUAAUUUCACUGUAUACUCCAAAUUCAAAUGGUCUUGUACUGAAGUACGUCACAGAUAUUUUCAAGUUACUGAAACUCUUACACUAGCAUGGAAAGAGCUACAAAUGAACUUAAUUAUGUUUCUGUGACAAUUUUUGCAGUUUCUUGUUAUGGUUGAUAGCUUUUCACAAUGAAAUAAAUAAAUUUUAAGUCUUAAAAUCUGAUGCUGCACUAAGUAACAUUUAUUAGUUAUUAAGUCUCCACAUUUUCAAAUUUGAGUGGUUUUCUCUAAGAUACACACCUCUUCAUAGCUGCCAUCCAAAACAAUUCACUAAGUUCAUCAGCUUUUAACUUACAAUAAUACUAGAAAACUAACCAUCUUACUACUCGAUAUAAUAUAAUAAUGAAUGGUCACUAACAUCAAUUUACAGACGCACUCCAUAGCUUGGCAAACAUUUUGAAUAUAGGUAUACACCAAUGAAGCAAAUCUAAGAGUCAAAAUACAUAGACCACAACUGUAUAUUCCAGUCUUUUUAAGAAAGACACCAUAAUUUCAUGACUUUUAAAUGUUGUGGGAAUGAGGUCUAACAGAUUGCUACAAGUUCUGAAUUACUGAAUGUGAUAUAUUUUCCCCUUAUGCAAAACAAAAAGUUAAACAUAGCAACUCCCUGAGGACACAUUUCAUAAUUGUAUUACUGACAAUGGAGCUUAAUCACAAACCAAUUCUACUUUUAACUAUCAUGACAAUGCUUCAGACACUUUUUGGGUGCAUAAAACAAGAAACUUUGUUCCAUGAUGACUUAAGUACAUUUUCCAAGAGAGACAUUAAAUCCACACAGACUAACUCAAUAAUGACAAUUUUUUUAUAUGAAGCUAAACAUGAACAGUCAGCUGACACCACCAAAUGUAGUACACUCUUGUUUACAGUACACAAAACUGAAGUUUUGAUUAUGCAAAUAUAAAUUAGAAGACUAGCAUUUAUUCAGAAUUGCUAUACACAAUUAACAUAUGGAAUAUCAUAUUUAGCAUUUAUUCAAGCAUCAUGUGUUCCAUUAACACUAUAUCACAAAUUCUUAAAUUAAAUACAGUGGGACUAAUUAAUUACUUGAGGUCAGUAACACAUUAUAAACAUAAGUUUUUGUCUAAUCUUGUGGAAACAGCAAUUGCACACAAGAGUCACAAUGACAUAAGUAGAUUUCUUCCCUCUUUAAAAAGACAUGUUAUUAGUUUCCUAGUGCAAGUUUUGUAUUUUACAAAACACCUAAGAAAUCAUAUUUCUCCCUUUUACUUCCUGGAUACAAACUGUGUACUAUGAACUUGAUCACAGGAUUAUAAGGCUGAGUUCCACCUAUACUUAUGAUGACACUACAAAACAGGAAAAAUAAAGCUGACAUGCACACAUUUGGAAACUGAGGCUCAUUUCGCAAGAGUCUUGUUUGUACUAAGUGGUGUCUAAUGGGGAAAACAGGACUCAUACUUCAAUUUUUUUUCUUGCUCCAGAAAAAAAAAAAAAAAUACCACAGAUGUUAGCAGGUAACCGUGUGCUUUUUUUUUUGGUCAGGGUAAAUGGCAACUGAAGUGGGAGUGAAAUGUGUAGGACUCCUGGACACCAUUUCUGGAAAAUUCUGUGCUGCUCUCUUAAUGACCCAAAGAUAAAUAAAUACUCCAAGAAACCAUGUAACUCUGCUUCUACCUUUGCAAACACUCUACACAAGGAGAUAAUCAAGUGAGAUGUAUCUUAGCUUCAAGUUCAAUGAGAAAAAUGUAUAUGGUGGUUAUUAAGUGGCAUGAGGAAAAAAGGGUUUGUUUUGUGAUCCAUAUACAAUACAUAAUUUUACACAACUUGGAUGCCCAAUGUAAGGAUACAUGCAAAACAUGGAAUGAGCUGUUGAUACUGUAAAGACAAAGAAUGGAUACUGUUUAAAAAUAUUUAUAAUGAAAAUGAUGUUUACUCUAUUACCUUUCAGAAGAAAUUUUCGUAAGAGCUUAUCUUAUUAGUUACACUAUGGAACAUGUACCAUUAUAACAUGGAUUGCUAACAAAAAUGGUUUACUUAUGUUUUGAAUGAAAUAAUUUUGUUCUGAGGCUUUAAGGAAAUUGUGUACUGUGUAGUUAAUUAAAAAAGCAACGAUAUUAGUUUGUGAACUGUGUAAUCCCGACUGUACAGUACACUCUGAGAGAGGUAUGCCUUACGAAAUACUUUACAUGACCAUGCUGUUAGAUUUUGUGCCAUAAAAGUAUAUGGCAAAUAUUCCCAUAUCAAUUAAAAGAGUAUUCGUCUAUUUUAUUAUACUUUCCUGAGAGGCAUCGGAUGUGGUAGUAAUACAAAUGAAGUUACUGUACAGUCAACAACAUUAUUAGACAAAUGUAGGUCCUCAAUGAGGCACUUUUAGUGAGACUGUGGAGAAAAAUUACAGCUAUUCAUGCUUUGCUGUGUAUAC